AUGCAACAUCAGAUUACUGGCCAGACUAAGAAAAGUGCUGGGCUGCCGUCCCAAUCUUCAGGAACGGAUGUCACUGGAAACGAGUUCGAGUUCUCCUGCGAGCCAUGCCGAGCUGGAUACAAAUGUGUCAACGGCGACGAGGUGGAGGAGCCAUGCGAAGCGGGCUUCUAUAGCAGGGCAAACGCGACUUCCUGCGACCCUUGCUCGGUGGGAUCUCAUAGUGAAACAGGCUCAGCAAACUGUACCGGUGUCAGGCUUCGUGGCGGAUUGACUUCAAGGGAAGGCAGAGUUGAGAUUCUACACAACGACGAGUGGGGCACAAUAUGUAAUGGCACCCACGUUAACUACACCUUCGCAAAGGUUGUAUGCACUCAACUGGGCUACCAAAAUGGAAGCGUAUUGGAUAUAGCUUUCAAUAGUCUAUGGCAAAUACACUUUGACAUAAGCUCGGAUCCAAUUUGGCUAUCUAACGUCCAGUGCUCGGGUGAAGAAGAUUCCUUGUAUGAAUGUGAACACAGCGGAUGGGGUGGUCAUCGGUGUGAACAUGGAGGAGAGGCUAGCGUCAUAUGUGAAAGCCGUGAGGAAGCGCUUUCUUCGCCCAUGGAUUCCGAUGCUGAAGACGCGGACAUUGGCUCUGACUAUUCCUAUGAUACUAAUUUUGAAGACACUCGUCAGCGCAUAUAAGGAAUAGACCAGCUUCCAUGAUGGCGGUCGGCCGUGAAGCACACAGGUGGAUCCUGCUUUCUUCAAUCCCAAUGAAAACGUACCUACCUACCUACCUGGUCUCUUCACCCCCUGAACGUUGAGGGUACAAGACAGCCAUGGGGAUGGAGAAUUGUCUCCAGGCUUGUAAUUUAGAUGUAGCUUCUAGCGUACUUAUGGUAAUUAUAUCAUAUUUCAUUAAAAUGACGGACGGAGCUGGAGGUAAUCUCACAAAGACGGAUAGAUGCGACCAUAUAAAUAAAGUACUAUUUCAUACAUCAAGUUAACGUGAAUGUAGUAUUUCCGCAAUUGAUAGACCCUGUUUUGUGUCCAACAGUAAAUUAGACAAAGUAUGCGGAACGUUUCCCCGAGCAUUACAAUAUAUAAGGCUACUCUUACGUCGAAACGACAAUCAAGCUAAAGAAAAUGUAUAGCCGGAAUCAUAUGAGCAUAGCAUGAGGUUUGUCAGUUCAUUUCAUGUAGUAUUACGUAAUUCUAGCCGGCAGCACAGUAACUCCAUGAUGACAUUUGUCUGAUAUCCCAUCACUGAGUUGCCUUUAUUUAGCACCAUUAUAUCAACAUUAAAUUUCAUAAUUCACUGAAGUGCUAAGAUGUUCCAAAA